CCGCGGGCACUUUGAUUUUUUUUCUUACAUUUUGUUUUUGAGUUCUAAGAAUAGUUUUUUUUAACAUUCAACUGCACAAACAAAGCUCGAACCGGACAAAUGGAAUAUCACUCAAAAAAUAAGCGUUGUGUGGUGUGUUUAUGUAAAUAACUUUAUUCUGAAUUAUGUCAGCUGGAUAACAAAUCCCAAUAUUGUUUUUGUUAGUGUUUUAUUAUAUAUUUAUAAUCCACUAAUAUGAAUUUGUGUAUGUGUAAAGACGACAGGUAGCAGCAAAACUGUUACUUUUAGCAAACAUUUUAAAGCUUUUUCUACUAAGACACUACUAUAAACAUUUGCAUAUAUAUUUAUAAAUGGCAUGACUACGUCAACAAGGAAAAUGUAUUUGGGACAGCAUCGGAUUGUAAAGAAAAGCAUAGUUCAUCCAGAUGAGAAACCACAAGGGCAGUCAACACGCCUGCCUCAAACAUGUUCCUCUGCAACAGAAGUAUCUGAAAAAAAGUGCAAUGAGCCAAAACAAAACCAGAAUAAGCAAUGGAUGCCAGGAGAUGCAACUCUGGCCAUGGAUGAGGAACUUUUACAAGCCUUAGAUGAGCUGGCUCCAGACGACAAGAAAGAUGAAAACGUUCAGCAAAGUUCUGCAUCUGUGGUUCAUGAAGAGUCUGAAUUACGCAAGAAACAUUCUCAUGUUUCAGAAAUACCAGAAAACAGUUCUGAACAACAAGUGCAAAGUACAGAAAAUCUCAGCCCCUCAACUCCAUCAGAACGCAGAAGAACUAGAACACAAGCGAAAAAAGAGAAAGACUGGAGGGAUUUAGCUCAAAAGCUGUUGUUCAGUGAAACUAAAAAGACAGAAAGUGGGCAGGCACACGAGCGUGAAUUGGGGCACACAAAAUAUUGUUCACCUCAGAAGAUCUUCAACUCAAUGAAGAAAACGUUUAAAGGAGCAAAUGACCGGAGACAGUUAAAGUUUAGUAAAGAUACCGGCCCUGAUGGUUCUCUUAAUAACUCUAAGGAUUACAUUUUUUUCAGUCCAACGCAUAUGGCUGCUGCUAAAGAACGAUCCUUGUUACAGCAGCAGAAGAGAGCUCUUAAAAACCCAUCAGUCUCCGUGCUCACACCUCCACCAGGCCUGGAUCUCAGCGUCCUCAGUGAUGCUACCCUACCUGAUGCAGGACAAAGUAUCCAUAUGGGCCGCCCUGCCGAUCAGUUGGACAAGCUUCUGCUCUCCAGCUGGGGUCUUCCUAAUCCUGUUCUGGAAAAGUACCAGAGUCUGGGCGUUCAGAGAAUGUUUGAGUGGCAGGCGGAGUGUCUGACCCUGGGCAAUGUGUUGGAAGGUCAAAAUCUGGUAUAUUCUGCCCCAACCAGUGCUGGGAAAACGUUAGUUUCAGAGUUGUUAAUUUUAAAGAGAGUUCUGGAAACAAGACAGAAAGCCAUGUUCAUUCUUCCUUUCGUAUCUGUGGCGAGAGAGAAGAUGUUUUAUCUACAGAAUGUAUUUCAGGAAGCAGGGGUCAGAGUGGAGGGGUAUAUGGGUAACACCUCAGCUGCUGGUGGUUUCUCGGCAUUGGAUGUGGCCGUGUGUACAAUUGAGAAAGCUAAUGGCCUCAUCAACAGACUCAUUGAAGAAGACAAAUUGAGUCUACUCGGAAUUGUUGUGGUCGAUGAGCUGCACAUGCUGGGUGACUCUGGCCGGGGAUAUCUGUUAGAACUUUUGCUGACUAAAAUCCAAUACAUUGCACAGAAAAAUGCAUUAAGGUGCUCGGGUCUAAGUACUACUGCAGGUGUGCAGAUUAUUGGUAUGAGUGCCACAUUGCCAAACUUGGACCUUCUUGCCCGCUGGUUGAAUGCAGAGCUGUAUAGUACUAGCUAUCGACCUGUCCCGCUAAUGGAGUGGGUCAAGAUUGGCACAAAUGUGUAUGAUGACUCUCUGAACCUGGUCAGGCAGUUCACCCCAGCUCUUCCUGUUAAGGGAGAUGAUGAUCACAUUGUGAGCCUCUGCUUUGAGACUGUGCAGGAUAGACACUCUGCACUUCUCUUCUGUCCUUCAAAGAACUGGUGUGAGAAGCUGGCGGAUAGCAUCGGCAGGGAGUUUUACAAUCUUCAUCACAAAGAGAUACAAACAGGCUCUGGUGUGCAAAGUAUUUCUUUGAAUCAGGAAGGGCUCCAGGAUGUGGUCGCCCAGCUGAAGCGAACUCCUGCAGGCUUGGAUCAGGUCCUUCAGCGGACUGUUCCCUGGGGAGUGGCCUUCCAUCAUGCAGGUUUGACAUUUGAUGAGCGGGAUAUUCUAGAAGGUGCUUUUCGUCAAGGUUACAUCAGAGUGCUAGCUGCCACCUCCACCUUGUCCUCGGGUGUAAAUCUGCCAGCACGACGUGUGAUUAUCAGAACUCCUGUUUUUAACGGUCAUUUGUUGGAUAUACUGACUUACAAGCAGAUGGUGGGACGGGCAGGCCGUAAAGGCGUAGACACCUUGGGUGAGAGUGUGCUGGUCUGUAAAGAGGCAGAGCGUGCGAAGGGGUUGAGCCUCAUUCAGGGCUCGCUAAAACCUAUCGGCAGCUGCCUGGUGAAGCGGGAGGGUGAAGGCGUCACUACCAGCAUGCUCAGAGCCAUCCUGGAGAUUAUUGUUGGAGGAGUCGCUAGUUCACCACAGGAUGUGAGAAUGUACGCUUCCUGCACUCUUCUGGCAUCCAGUAUAGCAUCUGAACCGGCCAAUCAGGAAGGAGCUGAAUCAGAAGGUCAAAACAAGGGGGCUAUUGAGACCUGCAUAGAGUGGCUGAUGGACAAUGAGUUUAUCCAUAUAGAGAAGGAGGGAGAUGCGGAGAGAUAUUGCCCCACACAUCUGGGUUCUGCGACCCUGUCUUCAUCUUUAUCACCCCCAGAGGCCUUGGGGAUUUUCGCUGACCUACAAAGAGCAAUGAAAGGAUUUGUUUUGGAAAACGAUCUUCAUAUACUCUAUCAGAUAACACCUGUGUAUGUGGACUGGACGACGAUAGACUGGUACCAGUUCUUCUGUCUGUGGGAGCAGCUACCCUCUGCGAUGAAGAGAGUGGCUGAGAUGGUGGGCAUCCAAGAAGGGUUUCUGGCUCGCUCCGUUAGUGGAAAACUAAUUGCUAAAACAGAGAAGCAACAAAGACAGAUGGCUAUUCACAAACGAUUUUUCACAACCUUGGUGCUCUUUGACCUGGUAAAUGAAGAACCCCUCGGAGCUGUUGCAAAGAAGUACGGCUGUAGCAGAGGACAGCUUCAGUCACUGCAACAGUCUGCCUCAACAUAUGCAGGUAUGGUUACAGUCUUCUGUAAUCGGCUUGGAUGGCACAACCUGGAGCUGCUUUUGUCCCAGUUCCAGAGUCGUCUCAGUUUUGGAGUCCAGAGAGAGUUGUGUGACCUGGUUCGUAUUUCUUUACUGAACGCCCAGAGAGCACGUAUACUCUACAGCUCAGGGUUCAUCACUGUGGCGGAAGUAGCGAGGGCUGAUGUUACAGAGGUGGAAAAGGCCCUUCGAAAGGCUGUUCCUUUCAAAAGCUCCAGACAGGCAGUGGAUGAGAGCGAGGUGGAGGCUCAGGAACGCAAGAGCAUGCGUUGUAUCUGGGUCAUUGGAAAGAAGCCUUUGACUGAAAGAGAAGCUGCUCAACAGAUCAUAGCUGAGGCCAGACAGCUCCUCCAGCACGAUUUGGCUCUCCUUGGGGUUGAAUGGAAGCCUGCGUCCUCUUCUACAAAUGCCCAGCCUGAUUCCAGUUCACUUGAGGAAACAUCCAGCACAAAAUCUGCACAGUCUGUGUCAAGCUCAAUACGUGAACCGAAGCAAAAUGAUGAGGAAAUGAAAUUGGAAGAGAAAGCAGCAGAAAAGAAGUUCAUUAAUAAAAGUGCUGAGUCCAGUUCCAGUGCUUUUUCAAUGCAAAUUGACCUUGUCACGGAACAUGCUGUACACCAGUGUCAGUCUGCUAAGAAUUGUGAAUGGCCAUCAAGUGCGUUACACAAAGUUCUUAAAUCCUUAGAUGCGAAAGACAAGAGCUUUCACAGUGACCAGACACCAGCCCAGGCGUCAGAUUCAUCAAAACCAAUUCAAAGCAAUUUCUGACACAAUUCUAGUGUUAAAGUUGGCGGUAUCUCUGACAGUGACCAACACUGUGUAAGUCCGCUCUUAAAACGCAGAAGGGUGGAUGACAAAGCAGAACUCACUGAAGCUAAAACAUCAAUUAUGAUUGUAAAUGACAGUAAACCAAGUACAACAGAUGAUGAUGAUAAGAAAACUGAAACUGACUGUAGGAUAGAUAAAAACAAGAAAAAAUCCCAGGCUUCCCAUGCAGAACUGAACAAGGAUAAUGAGUUAAAAACAUUUUCUCACUUGCGUGCUCCUCUGCAGGAAGGGGAGGCACCACAUUUAAUAACUGUAUUGACCUCAGAUAAAGGGAAAAAAUGUACAUCGAAAACAAGACAUUUAAAUGCAAGUUCGAAUCAUGACGAAACUGAAACUGAAAUGCAGGACGUGGUUAGUCGUUCUCGAAAAUUCAGCAACAAAGAUGAGAAUGAUCACAUACAUCUAAACUCUGAAGCUGCAAAUGAUUCAGCGUGUAAUUCUGAGAAGCUUUGCUCGCCGGACCUGUACGCAAAUGGACUGGAAGAGUUUAAUGACAGUUUUCAGCUUGAUACACAGACUGAGAAAAUGUUGCUUCAAGUGGAUGAUUUUUCACCUAGACACAAACAAGAAAAUCAUGUUCGUUUACCAAGUCAGAUGAAAAUCAACCAGGUACACGAACAUUCAUCUAAGUCCACAGAAAAAGAACAAAUCAACGCAGAUGAAGGUUUGUCACCUCAUCAGAAUCAACCGAACAGACGUAACAGUCUCACACUAACUGAAGCCAAACCCAAAUAUAACAUCUCGCUCACUGAUAGCCAAUUGGAGAAUAUUUUAAAUUAUAGUAACCAAGUUUCUGAAGAAGAAUCAUGUGUAAACAAAAUAAUCGAAAAUCAUGAGUCAUCCGAUCAUGUUACUGACAACAGUCCCAACCGGAGCAGCAGCUUUCUGUUUGACAGUCUCUAUGACAACUCCAUCUUGGAUGCCAUGGAGGAGGCGGCGACGGAUAGAGAGGAUAAAGGAGAUCCAGUACAUGCAAAUUCAAACGGCUCCACUUCAGAACCUAACCGUGAUAGGAGAGAUGCCGUACCAACAGAAGAUCAAGAAGCAAAACAAUGGGGUGAAUCAUCUUUCAACCUGUCAGAAUGGGGAGAUUCUUUACUUAUGGGAGAGCACUACCUUGACAAAAGUAGACAAAGUGUUGUCAAGGCAUGUGAUGGACCAGGGUUGAACCCUGGUGAAACCAAGAAACCCAGUUAUAAAGAUGACUUCCAUGUGUCACGCAGCAGUGAGACUUGUUCAGAAAUGAAAUCUGAAAGACGUCCUUUAAAUGGUUCCUCGUUUCAUUUCAGUCCAGGGAUGCAAGACGUUUUCGAUAAAUGGUCUGAUCAAUUUUCAACUUUAGCAGAAGCUCCAGGCCAGGCAAAUUCAACUUCUGAUGUUGUUUCUGUUCUUGAGGCGCAAGCUGAAGGGGUAGUCCUAACAAAUCCACCGACUCCCAAUGACCUCAUUCCUCCCACACCUGUGUCCUAACCAGUCACGCCAAAAGUAAAAAUGACCACCUCAGCUUUACAGUCACCACUUAACAGCAAAACUCAACAAAGGUGUGAAAUAAAUCCAAACGCACAGAAAGAUUAUCAUGCAGGUUUGAAGACAAAUUCAGCGUCAGACUUGGACACAUCUCUAGCGAAUGAGAAUCCAUCUCUCGCUGCUUCUAACCCCUGCAGCCCAGAAUUAUUCUCCAUAAUUGAUGUGGCAAGCGAUGAACAGCUUUUCCAAACAUUUAUAAAGGAGUGGAAAACAAAGGACAGAUUUUCACUUGCUGUUGCUUGUGAGAAGAUAGACAGCAACAUUGUGCAACCUGAGAACGUUAUAGGUGGAAAAUUCAAAAAGUGUACUGAAGCUACUACACCAAUGAGGAACAAGCGAAAAGAUGGCUUUGUUUUUAAAGGAUCUGAUGAUCUUGUUGUUAUUGGCAUUUCAAUAUGCUGGGGUGCAAAAGAUGCAUAUUUCGUAUGUCUACAACAGGAGCUGUCAGACACAGACAUAAGUGCCAGCUUAGCUCCACCACCUCUUGAUGACAAUCUGACGGUUGAAGAGAGAUUGAAGCAAAUUCAAUGUUGCUUGAAAACAGCAUCGCUCUCAGAUGCGGACAGAGUGAUGGUGACUUAUGACUUCAUUCAGCUGUUCAAGACACUACUCCUGGCCUGUCAGCUCACUAUGAGUGGCACGUUUGAAGACCCAAAGAUUGCAUGUUGGCUUCUGGAUUCAAGCUCCAAGGAGCGAACCCUCCGCAACAUGGUGACCAGCUUUGCUCCUGAGGAUCUCCCAAUGUUAGAUGGGAUCAGUCCCGGCCAGGGUGUACAUAGUUUAGGAAUCUAUGGAGAUGCCAGUCAUACUGGACGAUACAGAGCUGCUAUUGAGUCUGUUCUGGCCUUUAAGGUCAUGACACAGAUCAACGGUCUUCUAGAAAAGGAUGGUUUCUUAGAUGUGUUCAAGAAGGUUGAGAUGCCCACCCAAUACUGUCUGGCGUUGUUGGAGCUGAAUGGAAUUGGGUUUAGUAUUGCUGAAUGUGAGGUCCAGAAACAUGUGAUGCAGGCCAAGCUCAGUACCCUUGAAGCGCAAGCCUAUCAGCUGGCAGGACACAGCUUCUCAUUGACCAAUCCAGAAGACAUAGCAGAGGUACUUUUCCUUGAGUUGAAGCUGCCUCCCAACGGAGAUGUAAAUGGCCUGAAGAACAAGAAGACUCUGGGAUACACUAGAAGAGCAGGAGCUAGGAUUAAACUUUCUAAACAGUUUAGCACAACCAAGGACGUUCUGGAGAAGCUCAAACCAUUGCAUCUGUUACCAGGGGUUAUCCUUGAGUGGAGAAGAAUCACAAAUGCUUUGACUAAAGUGGUUUUCCCCUUGCAAAGAGAGAAGAAGUGGAACUCACAGCUGAAGAUGGACAGAAUACAUCCAAUCUCACAGUCACACACCGCCACAGGGCGGGUGAGCUUCACUGAACCAAAUAUUCAGAAUGUUCCGAAGGACUUUGAAAUUCAGAUGCCAACUCUUAUUGAAGAAAGUCAACCAUCACAGUGUGGCGCAAGCAAGACAUGGGCUAAAAGAUCAAAGAUUAAUCAGCAGUUGGUGCCCCUUUUAAAAAUGCCAGACACAUCAACAGACAAAGGAAUGGCGUUUUCUGUUAGUAUGAGGCAUGCGUUUGUUCCUUUUACAGGUGGGCUUAUUCUGGCUGCCGACUACUCACAGCUGGAGCUUCGCCUCUUAGCUCACCUGUCCAGAGACAAGCGUCUCCUCCAGGUGCUCAACAGUGGUGCAGAUGUUUUCAAAAGCAUAGCGGCCGAGUGGAAAAUGGUGGACCCAGCUUCAGUUGAUGACAAUAUGAGACAACAGGCCAAACAGAUUUGUUAUGGAAUAAUCUAUGGCAUGGGCGCAAAGUCACUUGGAGAGCAGAUGGGCAUUGAACAGAAUGAUGCUGCUUGUUACAUCGAGACGUUUAAAUCCAGAUACACAGGCAUACAGAACUUUCUUCGUGAAACUGUGAAGAAGUGUGGGACAAACGGUUAUGUUAAGACAUUACUUGGCAGAAAACGUUUCUUGCCAGGAAUAAAGGACCCAAAUAUGUACAUCAAGUCUCAUGCAGAGCGACAGGCAGUGAACACAACAGUACAGGGUUCUGCUGCUGACAUUGUCAAAUUGGCAACGAACAACAUUCAGCGCAGACUGGAAGAAGCUUUUCCUGGAGAGUCCACAUCGCAUCAGCACCCUUCAAUCAGAUCAGGUGGUCGACACAGAAAUCAGUUUAGAUCUCCUCGUGGAGGAUAUUUUAUACUUCAGCUACAUGAUGAACUUAUCUACGAGGUAGCAGAAGAGGAUAUCAUCCAGGUUGCACAAAUUGUGAAGCGGGAGAUGGAGCGUGUUGUUAAAUUACAUGUAAAGCUAAGAGCAAAAGUCAAAAUAGGACCAAGCUGGGGUAACCUACAAGACUUGGACAUCUAAUUAUGAUAUUCAUG